AUGGGACUGAUAGAAAAACUCCAACAAUGCAUGGAAUUCAUCGCGACGAAGUAUUUUCUGGUAUGUAAUAAUUAGAUUUGGUAUUUAUCCACUGCGAUAUUCUUUAUCGUUCUGCUGUACUCACAGCUUUUCUCUCCAAAAAAAGUUUUUAUCUCUUGAAUCCUGUCAUCUGGCAUACAGUUUAUAAUCCGCCUCUACUACUUAAGCCACGAGGAGUCUCCUGAGCAAGAGCGCCAACGGUACAUAGAGCUUGCCAUUGAAAUCUUGCGAAAUUACCGCGGAGAGCUACUUUCUUUAUAUGCGGCAUCAUUACGAAAUGAAGACAAUAACGAAGGGGCAGCACAAGAGGCUAUCAUUGAUCUGCCACACAUAGAAGCUAUAGAGAAAGGCUACUGCUGUAUCUGCAUGAGCGAUAUUGUAGAAAGCCAACUUAUAACAAAAAUCAACUGCGUGCAUACUUUUCAUUCUGAAUGUAUAGAUACCUGGCUUGAAACUCGAGCUGUUUGCCCUAUAUGUAAAGUGAAAAUUCCUGCAUCAAUAAUCUAA